UUUACAAGAUCUGCGAAGCCUCUGGUUCAACUGGAGCGUCUGGACUCUUAUUAGCGGGCGUGAAAAGAGUUUUCUGACCAUCAUUUGCGGGCUCUCUCCGGAUUAACUUGCUUUGCUUCAUGUGAGUCUGGGAUCCCAUCGAGGCAGCUUUUACCAACCCAGCUGGCAGUGUCAUCUCUGCGCUUUGGGACCAAAAAGUUUUUACCAUGUCAUUCAGCCGCGUCGUUGCACUCCUUACUUUAUACUUUGCAGCUGGCUCUGGGACCACAGAGUAUACCGGCUACGAGGAAGAAGACCGUACUCCUCAGCUAGACUACAGCGACCCAUAUUGGUGUCAUUCUCCAAGUCUGACCAAUGGGGAGGUGAACUGCGUCUCCCCUCGAGGGAAAAACUACCGGAGCACUUUGGGCACCCGCUGUGAAAUGACCUGUGACCGGGGGUACCGGCUGCUGGGGAAGAGCUCCAUCCAGUGCCUCGCCAGCCGCCGCUGGUCUGGGACGGCUUACUGCCGCCAGAUCCGCUGCCACGUGCUGCCCCUCAUCUACCACGGCCGCUACACCUGCACCAAUGGUUUUGCUGUGGACUCCAGGUGUGAAUUCACCUGUGACCCCGGCUACCGCAUCGAGGGGGAGCACUCCCGUACCUGCCUGCAUGGGGGGACCUGGAGUGGGGUUGAACCUGUCUGCUCAGAUCAUGAACCUCCAAAGAUCAAGUGUCCUCUGUCCAGAGUCAAGUUUGCUGAGCCUGGGAAGCUGACUGCCAGGGUGUCCUGGGACCCCCCUGUUGCCACGGAUACUGCUGAUAAAAUGCUGGAUGUGAUACUAGUCGGCCAGGCCCCAGACACUCACUUUAAAGAGGGAGCAAACAUCAUCCGAUACAAAGUGUACGAUCAAGCCAGGAACAGAGCCGCCUGCAAGUUCAUCAUCCGGGUUGAAGUGAAAAGAUGCUCAGAACUACCACCACCUCUGCACGGCUACCUCACCUGCUCCUCAGAUGGGAAUAACUACGGUGCGGUGUGUGACUACCACUGUGAAGGAGGACAUGAAAGGAAGGGGAUCUCGAGCCGUGUCUGCCAGUUCCAAGGCACCUGGAGUGGAGGCCCCGCUGAGUGUGUUCCAAUGGAGAUAAAGUCAGAUGUGAAGACAGCAUCUGCACUCCUGGAUCAGUUCUAUGAAAAGAGAAGGCUACUGAUCCUGUCUGCACCUGACAUAACUGACCAGCAGUACAAGCUGCAAAACAUCAUGAUACAGAAAUCAGACUGUGGCUUUGAUCUACGACACGUGACAGUGAUUGAGCUCCUGGACUCCCCACCUCGGGAGACAGGCCGCAUCAAGGAAAAGCAACUUGCUGCUGAAGUCAUUGAGGGUUUGAGGCAAGCCUUCAGAAUCACCAGGUCCUACUUCAGCAUGGUGCUGCUGGACAAACACGGAGUGGACCGAGAAAGGUUCAUUACCACCAUGACCUCGGAUGAGCUUUUCUCCUACAUUGACAACUACCUGCUGGAUGAAGCGGAGCGAGAGAGGCUCGAACUCCACAGAGAUUUCUGCGACUAAUCUAAUAAAAGCUCUCUGGUUGCCACAGGGAUAAACUGAUCAGUACAGACAGAAGAUGAAAGACAGAAACAUCCAGCAAGCCGGUCGAAAGAACAUCACAAGCCAAAGAAGGACAAGAAUAAUACUACGGUUCUGUAUGUUCAAAAUGUGAUCACCACACACUAUGAGACAGCACUGAGAAGUGAUAGCACCGUUUCUGUUAAAACUGCAGUGAAGAGCCAUGGUGGCCAGAAAACAGCCACCACAGCUUCGAGAAAUAUGGCUGACAUGGGUGGAGGUCCAGAACAAAAGAAAAUACAUUUAAUGAGUACUGAAACAAACAAAAAUGUCCCCAGCAACCACUGCUACAACUAAACAAUCAGGGAGUACUUCAGUAGAGAGAUAAUUUCUGAAAUCAUCUAAUAUCUAU